CGCCCUACCACGGUUACGUUGAUGGCGAAUCGAUGGUUUACAAUCGCCCGCCUGGAUACUGCAUGAAGACAGUGUUGUUAUUCUUCAUCGCUGUUGUGGUCAUGCUGAUGGGCCUUCUUGGUGGCUACACCCUGUAUCGCACAUAUUUACCUACUGCUUCGAAUUUACACUACCAUGCACUUUGCGAUAUUCCAUACAUGCCGACUGGAAAUUUAAGUGUGCCACGUCUGUACGAACAAAACGAUGAAUUGGACUGGCGUAAUCUGUUCUCACAUCUUACAAAGUUCAAUGGUUACAAUGCGUUGGAUGAUGAUUAUUUCCGUGAAGAAAUCGAGUUGGAUAUGAGCGAUAAUGAAAGCUACGCUAAGAUUGAUGUGCCCGAUUUUAAGAAUGGCCGUCGAGGACGUUUUAUGCAUGAUUUCAAGGAAAAUCAGUCGGCGAUCAUUGAUACUACAGCAAACCGUUGUUACAUUAUGCCACUGGAUCGCGGCACAACAUUACCACCGAAGAGUUUUGUCGAUUUAAUGCAAAAGAUGGGUUCGGGCUAUUACAACAUAGAUACUGAUCGCGUUCGUCGCAACAUGCGUGUUGUCACGCCCUCUAUUACUGAUCUUUCAACGAUCUCUGAGCGAAUCGCUAACGAAUGUUAUGACAUGAAAGUUUUUAUGCUUGAAAACUACGUGUCCGGAGGUUGGUAUAGACUGUAUUUACUAAAAUCUAGGUAUUGUAUCGAGUGACCGUAGUGAGUUUAAUUUAAAAAAACAUUCACCUGCGGAGAGGUUCUGUAACGAUUUAACGGACAUUUUUGGAUCACUAUCGCGACUGGUUGAUAUUAAUACUCG